AUGUCUGUUGAUAGUCUUAAUGGCGAUGAUCCUAUAGAUCAACGUAAUGAUAAUGAUGUUGAAUUACGUGAAUUAGUAUAUCAAUCGCUUGAACGUGACGGUUUAAUUACACGUUUAAAAGCACAAUUACGUGCAGCUGUUUUUAAAACCAUUGAAAAAGCAUCAAAUUCAUCUGAUGUAAUACAAAAACCUGGUUAUGAAGGUACAACUGGACGAAUCUGCCGUGCACUUGUUCUCGAUUGGCUUGAACAAUCACGUUUAUUAUAUACACAAGAUAUAUUUAAAGUUGAAACAUCAGGUCCAAAUCAUCCACCACCAUUAACACACAAUGAAUUACUUGAACAAUUACAUCUUGAUACAAUACAAAAUAAAUCUCAACCGAUUUUACAUGCAUUACUUAAUCAAAGUAAUCAUCAUCAAUCUGACAAGAUCGUAUCUCUUCCUGAUCAUAUUAAACAAUCGAUUGAUAUGAAAUUUCCAAAUGAAAAAAUUAAUGAUACAAAUCGAUUACGAGAACAUUUUCGUUCACUUUUUUCAUCAGUCUUUGAUGUAUCUGUAUUAGAUGCUUUUCUUAAUAAGAAUAUUUUAUUAUCAACAACGACUAUUCCAAAAAUGGAUUAUGAACAAAUUUGUUUAAAAUGGAUUCAAUCAUGUUCUAAAGCUUUGACACCACAAUCAAGUUCUACUAAACAAACAUCACCUAUUAUACCAAUACAGCCGUUAACAACACGUAGUAUUGUUACUAAUGGUCAACCAACAACACGAGCUCGUCGUUCGACAUCUCCACCAUCCGAAUCAAAUUCUUCGUCAAUAUCAACUUCAUCGUCUGAAAAUCCACGAAAAAAUGCUUAUGAUUUUCCAUUACCUACUACAAUAGAUUCCAAUAAAAGUGUUAUAAAAAAAAGUACUGAUGUAUUACCACCACCAUUACUUAAUUUUAAUAAUAAUAGUACAAAUGAAGAUGAUGAUGAUGAUACAACAUCGUCAUUAUUUUCUCGACGUAAUGCAACACCAGCUGCAUUAAAUCAUUUAAAAAAUAUUGAAGAUAUUAUUCAUGAUAAUGAAACACCACGUACAAAAACAGCCGUUCAAAAAGUCUCAUCAAUUAAUGGUAAUAAAGAUAUUCCAAUUGAAUAUGAUGAUGAAAGUAUGAGUCAAAGUCAAUUGAGUAGCAUUGAUGAUGUUACAGUUGAUAAAGCUUCACCUUCACCAUCGGCUCAUAUCGAUUUUUUGGAAGAUUUAUAA